UGAUGUAGCCUCCACCAAGGCCUCUGUCUUAGUAGGGUUUUUAAUUUCUGCACUCCCCUAUAUACAUUCCCUCGCUUCUCUUUGUUUCUUAGCCGUUUCUCCGUCUCCUUCAGAUCAAAGCUUCAACAAUGGCCUUUGUUAAGGCUCAGAAAACUAAGGCUUACUUUAAGCGGUUUCAAGUGCCGUUCAAGAGAAGGAGAGAGGGAAAGACUGACUACCGGGCUAGGAUUCGCCUAAUCAAUCAAGACAAGAACAAGUACAACACUCCUAAGUACCGGUUUGUCGUACGAAUUAGCAACACAGAUAUCACUGCACAAAUAAUUUCUGCUAAUAUUGCUGGUGAUAUGGUUCUUGCUUCUGCUUAUUCACAUGAGCUUCCUCAUUAUGGGCUUGAAGUGGGUCUUACAAACUAUGCUGCAGCUUAUUGCACUGGAUUGCUUUUGGGACGCCGUGUCCUUAAGAUGCUUGAAAUUGAUGAUGAAUAUCAGGGCAAUGUGGAGGCUACUGGAGAGGAUUACUCAGUCGAGCCAACCGACACAAGGAGGCCUUUCCGUGCUCUUCUUGAUGUAGGGCUGAUCAGGACGACAACUGGCAAUAAUGUUUUUGGUGCUCUAAAGGGAGCAUUGGAUGCUGGUCUGGAUAUUCCUCAUAGUGACAAGAGGUUCGCGGGGUUCUCCAAGGACAGCAAGCAGCUUGAUGCUGAGGUUCACCGCAAGUACAUCUAUGGUGGUCAUGUUGCUGCUUAUAUGAGGACUUUGAUGGAGGAUGAGCCAGAGAAGUAUCAGGCUCACUUUAGUGAGUAUAUUAAGAGAGGAAUUGAGCCAGAUAACAUGGAGGCCUUGUACAAGAAAGUUCAUGCUGCUAUCCGCGCUGACCCAGCUGCAAAGAAGUCUGAAAAGGAGCCUCCUAAGCAGCACAAAAGGUUCAAUUUGAAGAAGCUAACAUACGAGGAAAGAAAAGCUAAGUUGAUCGAACGGUUACACACCCUUAAUGCUGCAGCUGGUGUUGAUUCGGAGGAAGAGGAUUGAAUGGGGGAUGCUGAUCUCAAAUCACUAAAAUCACUCCCUGCGUUAUUGGACAUACUGCUGACUGCAGUUUUAUCCAGAAUUAAAUUACUUAUCUGAAGUUAUUUUUUUGUUUAGGUUGUAACUCAUUUAUUUCCCAUUUCAAUUUUCUUUAGGAUUUCUGCACUUCUACAGUUUUGGGGGAUAACAGAAUUAUUAGAUUUUUGGAUAUUUAGUUUGUUGUGAAAUGCAAUUCCAAUUUUGAUUCAAUAGAUUUAAUUUCAUAGUUCUUUAUCUCAAUUUGACACUUACCCAUAGGAAA